CGAAAACCCACAUCCACCGCGGCGCCACACCGCGUGCGUCGGCUGCUUGCUGCCCCGUGUUCCUUGGCUCCCGCCGACACCGAGCGCCGACACCGAGCGCCGCCACCGCCAUGGCUGCCCCGCCCCGCGCCACCGCGGUCCUCGCGUGGGGUUCCGGGGAGGACGGGCAGCUUGGCAUGGGCGGGAACGAGGAGAAGGACUGGGCACACUGCGUGGAGGCACUCGGUUCCUACGCCGUCACCGCCGUCGUAGCCGGUAGCCGCAACUCCCUCGCCAUCUGCGAAGACGGCCGCCUCUUCACUUGGGGGUGGAACCAGCGCGGCACGCUCGGGCACCCGCCGAAGACCAAGACGGAGAGCUCCCCUGGCCCCGUCCACGCCCUCGCGGGGUUGAAGAUCGUCCAGGCGGCGAUUGGUGGGUGGCAUUGCCUUGCAGUUGACGACAAUGGGCACGCCUACGCCUGGGGGGGAAACGAGUACGGGCAGUGCGGUGAGGAGCCUGAGAGGAAGGAGGACGGGACGAGGGCGCUCAGGAGGGACAUCCCGACCCCACAGCGGUGCGCACCCAAGCUCAAAGUCCGGCAAGUAGCUGCUGGAGGGACACAUUCAGUGGUUUUGACUCAAGAAGGUCACGUUUGGACAUGGGGACAGCCAUGGCCUCCUGGUGAUAUCAAGCAAAUAUCGACACCAGUACGCGUGCAAGGCCUUGAGAAAGUGAGGGUCAUUGCUGUAGGUGCAUUCCAUAAUUUGGCACUCACAGAGGAUGGAAUUUUGUGGGCAUGGGGUAAUAAUGAGUAUGGUCAGCUGGGGACUGGAGAUACCCAACCAAGAUCACACCCUAUACGCGUUGAAGGACUAUCUGAUCUCUCACUGGUUGACAUUGCUGCUGGAGGCUGGCAUUCAACUGCACUAACUAUACAGGGAGAGGUGUAUGCUUGGGGGAGAGGAGAACACGGGAGGCUUGGAUUUGGAGAUGAUAAGAGUAGUCGCAUGGUCCCCCUAAAGGUUGAGCUUCUAGCUGGAGAGGAUAUUGUUCAGGUAUCAUGUGGAGGAACACAUUCAGUUGCUCUAACUCGAGAUGGCCGGAUGUUUUCUUAUGGGAGGGGCGACCAUGGCCGUCUGGGCUACGGCAGGAAGCUGACGACAGGCCAGCCCAUGGGAGUGGACAUUGACCUGCCGCCGCCCAAGACCCGCAGCAGCCGGGACGGGCAGUGGCAGGCGAAGUACGUGGCUUGUGGCGGGCGGCACACCCUGGCUAUUGUGGUGUGGGCAGAGACCACCGACUGAUCACGGAGUGAUCAACUUCCUGAAUCCUAAUCUGGGUGCAAAUCUGAGUUUGACAAUCCUGCUAGAUAAUUAUAGUGUUAGUGAAAUAAGCAUAAGUUAUGCGACAUUAGGCAUCAUAAAUUUUUAUGUAUGUGCUUAAUUUGGCAAGGAACAAAAAUAGUCGGGAAGAGGACUUUGUGC